GCAGAAUGGUUUACUAUUUCACAUCAAAUGUGGUUCAACCCGCAGCCUUUAUCUAUGUUGGAAAGGAUAAAUUCGAAAAUGAGGACCUUAUUAAAUUUGGAUUAGAGAGUGAUGUCUGGUUCCAUGUGGAUAACCUGUCUAGUGCCCAUGUGUACCUUCGCCUCCGUGAUGGAGAAACAUGGGAUCAGAUUCCGCAGGCGCUUCUCGAAGAUUGUGCCCAGCUAACGAAGGCGAAUUCAAUCGAAGGGAAUAAGAAGGACAACAUCACGGUGAUCUAUACACCGUGGUCAAAUUUGAUGAAGGAUGGAUCCAUGGCAGCUGGCCAAGUCUCUUUCCAUAACCACAAACUGGUGCGCAAGGUUUUUGUCCGACAGCGAGAAAAUCCUAUCGUCAAUCGCCUGAACAAAACCCGCAUUGAAACGUUCCCUGAUCUUAAAGCCGCGAAAGAUGAGUUCUUGAAAAAGAAGAACAAGGAGGAACGCAAAGUGAGAGAGGAGCAACGCAUAAAGGAGAAAUUGGAAAGAAGGGAACGCGACCAGUUGAAAUGGCAAAAGGAGCAUGCUUACGAUGACCUCAUGAGCGAGGAGAAUAUUCAAGGCAGCAGCAACCAAGACCGGGACGCUGACUUUUAUGACGACUUCAUGUGAAGCACAAGGCAUACAGUGGAUUGUCAUGUUGUCUCUCCAAUGGCCGUCGUCGGCUUGUCGCAUGCUAUACUAUCGACGAAACAACAUAACUCAGUACUUAUCACGAAGCAUCCAUUUGAAGUGCAACAACGGAAGUUGGUUACUGGGCCUUGUUCCGUGGUCGCGAAACUCCACUUCAAAUGGUUAGGAAGCGCAUAGCGCAGAGCACGCAUAUUAACUCGUGUCUCAACUCAACCUGUCCCAGUGCCGGGGAGCUGGCUCUGAGAGUGGCUGGAAGCCGGCCACUGGCAUAUAGCCUGUCGCUAUUUCACAACACAGCGCAGCAGAUAUGAACUCCACCUAAAGGGUCAUCAUAGCGUGCUUAUAAGCUGUGCAUUGCAUGUGAACUUAGUAGAAUAAACUAGGCAGAAUAUUGAAUUGAGUCUGAAUAC